AUGGAACGAUUAAUUAACUCCCAACGAGACAUUUACGGGCGCAUCGCCCGCACAGUGGAAAAUCUUCGCAAAACCGGCGCCGCCAAAAUCUCGCUUCCCCUCGUUCGCUCCACGCUGUCGGUCCUCGAGGGCAAAUGGGCCAAAUUCCAAGCGCAGCAUGACCGCCUGCAAGAAGAGUUUGGUGAGGAGUUCGAUAGGAACAAGUACAAUACGGAGGACUUCCUGAGUACCGUCGAAACGGCCUACAUUCAACAGAGAACCAAGCUUCUGGAGUACGAGGAAAAGCUCGGGGAACCGAAGGUUCUCGAUGACUCUAAGAGCAGGGCAGGGCAAGCGACCUCUCGCAACGUAUUGCCCCGAAUCCAGAUGCCGGAGUUCUCAGGAAAAUUCGAAGAUUGGCCUGCCUUCCGAGAUUUGUUCUCCUCCAUUGUAGUGACUGACGACGCCUUGUCAAAGGUCGAAAAAUUUCACUAUCUGAAGACAAGCGUGAAGGGGGACGCUGAGCAACUAAUAAAAAGUUUACCGUCCACGGAGGAGAACUUCGAGCGCGCCUGGUCGAUCCUCAAUGACCACUUCGAAAAUAAGAGACUGCUGGUGAGAGCUUACCUUGCAGCAUUUACUUCACUUCCGAAGAUGAAGGGUGAGUCCGUCGCCGAUCUCCGACGCAUCUUCCACGGAGUGGUCUCCACCGUCGGCGCAUUGGAAGGCAUAAGGCGACCGAUCACGGAUGGCACGGACCUCUUCGUGCACAUGGUCGUGGAACUCCUUGACUCCAAAACCCGCCGAGAAUGGGAGAGCUCGCUCGGGAAAACCGUCGUGCCACCGUCUUACGAGGAGCUUCGCGACUUCCUGCAGGAGCAGCUGAUGACGCAGGAGGUGCUCCGGGUGGCCAGAGGCGAGACAUCCUCGGGAAAACCUGCCUUCUGCGAACAGUACAAGCGAAAGACAGCCCAGGAGCGACGAGAGGUAGCCACUACGCAUCAGCGCUGCUUAAACUGUCUGGGUCGACAUCUGAUCGGUGAGUGCACGUCCACUAAGACUUGCUAUAAGUGUUCGGGUCGGCAUCACACGUCGCUUCAUGACGCAUUUUCGGCCGUCGCGUUGCCCGCUCCCGGUACGAGCUCGACCCCGACGGCGCACGUUGCAAAACGAUUGUCCGCGGAGUGCGCCCCCGUCUUACUCGCAACCGCGCGCGUUCUGGUGAUGAACUGUCACGGCGAGUACCACCCCGUGCGUGCCUUGGUGGACCCGGGCUCCGAAACGUCGCUGAUCUCGGAAUCGUUAGCUCAACGUCUGCGAUUGCCGCGCACUCCGACGUCUGUCGCGAUCUACGGUGUGGGUGGCCUCCGGACGGGCUGCGCGCGAGGACGAGUUGCCGUCACCUUCGCGUCGCGUGUCGGACAAUACACUCUCACCGUCUCGUCCUUAGUGCUGCCGAAGCUGUCCGUGUACAGCGGGGCGGCCGAGAGCGGCAGCGGGUCGUGGCCGCAUGUGGACGGACUCACUCUCGCCGAUCCCGAGUUCCGUGCUCGGGACCCCGUCGAGCUUCUCCUUGGUGCGGAAGCAUACGCCAGCAUCAUAUUAGAGGACCUCCGUCGCGGGGGGCCCUUGGAGCCGAUCGCACACCGCACACAGCUCGGGUGGAUCCUCAUGGGCGCGGUCGGAGGCUGUCACGCGGCGUUAACCGUUUCGUCGCUCCAAUGCUCUGCCACUGAUGAGCUGACGGAGGUGAUUCGGCGGUUCUGGGAAUGUGAGGAGCCGCCUCGCGCUCCCUUGCCGCUCACCCCCGACGAGCAGGAAUGCGAAGACUUCUUCGCGCGGACGUGCGAGCGCCUUCCUUGCGGCCGUUAUCAGGUGCGUCUGCCGGUCCGGUUGGAGCUGCCUGACUUGUCGUCCACGCGCCGCGCUGCUUCUCGAAUGCUCGAGGUCAUGGAGUGUCGAUUCGAGCGCGAUCCUGCCUUUCGUGUGAUGUACCACGACUUCAUGGAAGAAUAUCUCGCUCUCGGGCAUAUGACGCCGUCGGCAGUCGAGCGGGGCGUCAACGCCUGCUUCCUGCCGCAUCACGGCGUCCUGAAAGGCUCGGGGCCCGACGUGAAGAUCCGCGUGGUAUUCAACGGAUCUGCGCGCACCGCGGCAGGGCAGUCACUGAACGACUUCCUCCACGCGGGGCCCAAUCUGCUGCCGGCUCUCGCGGAUGUUCUUACGCGUUGGCGGCGGCACCGAUACGUCUUCACUGCCGACAUCGUUAAGAUGUACCGGCAAAUUCAGGUGCACCCGGCGGACAGGCACCUGCAGAUGAUCCUGUGGAAACAAUUGGAGCACGCAUUAAAUACCGUCACGUACGGGCAAAAGGAUGCACCCUACCUUGCAUUGAAGACGAUGGACCGACUGGCGGAGGAUGAGCGGAGCCGGUUUCCUCUGGGCGCCAAGGCGGUGCAGAGUGAUCGAUACGUGGACAAUGUGCUCUCCGGGGCUUCCACUCUUGACAAGUGUCGUCGUCUCCGGGAACAGGUAGCUUCGUUGUGCUUGGCGGGCGGCUUCCCGCUCAGGAAAUGGGCUGCAAACAACGAGGCCCUCCUGGAAGACGUUCCCCUCGAGCAUCGUCUGCGGCCAACAGCCUGCGCCUCGCUCCCCUCGGACGACUGCUCCGUGCUGGGCCUACGCUGGAGCCCUGGGAGUGAUGACUUCGCGCUCACAGUCCUGAAAUCUGACGUGGUCUCCCCCACGAAGCGAUCGGUGCUUUCUCGGACCGCUCGGUUGUUCGACCCGCUGGGUUGGUUGGCACCUGUGAUAAUCAAAGCGAAACUAUUAAUUCAGGCAGCUUGGUUACAGCGACUUGACUGGGACGCCCCGCUAGCACCCCCUGACGCGGCGGCUUGGACAAACCUCGAGGAGGAGCUUCCUGUGCUGGAGCAAGUCCGCGUCCCUCGAUGGUUCGGGCUCGACGGCUCGGAGAACACCGUCGAACUUCACGGCUUCUCGGACGCUUCCGAGCGGGCCUAUGCUGCCGUGGUAUAUCUCCGGGUGACGAUUGCAGGAAAACCUUACCUGUCAAUUGUGGCGGCGAAGACCAAGGUUGCGCCGCUGAAACAGGUCACGCUCGCUCGGCUGGAGCUGAGUGCAGCGUGCCUGCUCACCAAGGUGGCCGAGCACGUGCGCGUGGUGCUGCGCCUGGAAUCCGCACCUUUCUUCUUCUGGACGGACUCCAUGGUCACCCUCGGAUGGAUCCGCGGCCAUCCCACCAGGUGGACGACCUUUGUGGCAAACCGAGUCGCUGAGAUUCAACGGGCGAGCCCGACCAUUCAAUGGCGCCACGUUCCGGGGGGCCAGAAUCCUGCGGAUUGCGCCUCUCGCGGCCUGUCCCCGAGGGAGCUCUUGGAUCACCCCCUAUGGUGGAGCGGGCCCGACUUCCUCGCUAGAGGCUCAGCGGACUGGCCGAUGGAGCCGGGCCUCCCGGAGCAUGUGGAGCUCCCGGAGCAGAGGGCCCUCCGCCUGGAUGUUUCGAUGGAGGAUGCACCGCUCCUUACCUGA